AUGCGUUUCCUAGCUCUCUCAUCGCUUAGCUUGUUUGUCAGCGCUGCCGCUGCAUACGAGGAGUUGCAGAAUGCAUGCGAGGAGCUUGCAGCUGUCCUCCCUAACAACACCUUUUACCCCACGGCUCCAACAUACAAUGCCUCAGUUCAGUCGUACCCCUUCCUUCAGCAAAGAGUUCACCCUUCUUGUAUCUUUCGCCCAAGCACACCUAGCGAUGUAUCUACAGCCGUUACCAUCCUAGCGCGGACAAAUGGCACCAAGUUUGCGAUUAAGGGUGGAGGCCACAACCCCAUGGUCGGCUCUAACAACAUUGAGAAUGGUGUCACAAUCGACAUGCAGAGUCUGAACAAGGUGCAGGUCGCAAAGGGCGACAAGGUGGUCAUGGUCAAUGCCGGAGCACUGUGGCAGAAUGUUUAUGACGAGGCUGACAAGCGUAACCUGACGGUUAUGGGUGGACGAAUUGGUGUUGUUGGAACUGCUGGUUUCCUGACUGGUGGCGGUAUCUCAUUCCUGAGCCCCGAACACGGCUGGGCAUGUGAUGCGGUAGUCAACUUUGAAGUCGCGCUCGCCAGUGGCAAGAUUAUCAACGCCAACGCGACAUCGCACUCUGACCUCUUCGCCGCCUUGAAGGGUGGCCAGAAUAACUUUGGUAUCGUCACACGCUUCGACCUCAAGGCCUACCCCACGCGUAAAAUCUGGGGUGGCCGAACCGUGUACGGUCCCAACGCCACUACAUCUUUGCUGACAGCAUACACCAACUUCAAGAUGGGCACAUAUGACCCGUAUGCCGCUGGUUGGGUGACCGUACGAUACAACCACACAGCUGCUACCUUCAGCCCAGUGAGCAUCAUGUGGUACACCAAGACCGAGCAGAAGCCAGGCGCGUUGAAGGAAAUCACCGAAGUGCAGCCUCAGGUGAUGAACGGCAGGAUUGAGGCGCCUAUCAGCGAGCACACGAGGAACGCCUCGCGCCAGGUUUCCGCGAACCCCCAACGAACCAUCUGGGCGACUACUUCUUUCAAUAUCAACCCAACUAUCAUGCACAGCAUUCACGCUAUGUGGAACAAGAUUGUACCCGAAAUCUGCAAGCAAUACGCUGCCGCGAAGCCUAUUGCAGAAAUUACCUUCCAGGCUCUUCCCGCGCCACCGCGCAACGGCACUGCGCCCAACAUCAUGGGAUUCAAGCCUGACGACACGCCUGAAAAGGACCUGAUCUUCCUCCAAAUCAUCUUCACCUUUGAGGGACCCGAGUCCUUUGACGGCUUCGAAGAGGCACUAAAAGACCUGGUUAAAAUGGUCAAAGACAUUACCAAGAAGGAGGGCGUCUACCACCCAUACCAAUACUUGAACUUUGCCGCUUCGUUCCAGGAUCCCCUGGGCAGCUACGGCAAGAAGCAGCUGAAGAAGCUGAUCAAAAUGGGGGAGAAGUACGACCCUGAGGGUGUUUUCCAGACACAGGUUCCUGGUGGAUUCAAGCUUAUUUGAGCGACUUGAGUCAUGAUUUUACUGCGUAUAUGAGGACUGUUUCUGUCUAUAGUCUAGACUAAUGUGCAAUAUUAAUGAGACAUCCACACGAUGUGAUGAUUUAAC